AUGAUCAAGCACAAUGGAUAUUGGCCCUGCAGCCCUCCCCCUCUUUCCUCACCGCCUCGUCGAAAAUGGGAAUCAUGCAGCUUUUACAAGGAAGAAGUUUUGUUUUCCAGUGCGGGAACUGGGAUAUUGCUAUUGCUCCAGGCUGGAAGUGCUCUGUUUACCACUGGCACAGAAGAGCUCUGGAUGGCUUGAUUCCACUUGGAAAUAUAAAGUUCUCUCUGUUUAUGUUUCAGAAAUGGAAUGUCAUACAGAUAAAACUCCUGAUGAAUUUAAACAUGCAUGCUUUCACAUGUUUAUCAGGAUGGACUACAGGAAAAAGGGGGCCAUUAAUGGUUCUGGUUGACAAUUUCGAGGUAUGAACUUUUCUUUGGUCAAAAGCCUGGGGUUUUACAGUGUCCAGACUCAAAAUAUGACUGGUUUGAUUAUUUUAACAGAUUUUUAUCUAGUAUUUAUAUAAAUGAGCUUUAAUAUAGGUAUAGCAAUCUUGGUAAAUACAAGAUUUUUCAGACCAAAAAAAACAUGAGUUAGAUAAAUAUGUUAGAUUUAAAAUACUUGAAUUUGAUAAUUUAUCUAACCUAAAAAAACAUGAAUCAAGCAAGCUUGAGUUUGGAUCUAACAUGGAUUUGGAAAUGAUACCAAGCCCAAAACACUUUUCUUGAAAUUAAUUUUUCAACAACCACAAAAUUCUACUAACUUUUUUUUAAAUAGUUAUAAUUUUUAAUUCUUCAAUAAUUCUUU